UCGGCGAGCGCUGUUUGUUUAGGGCUCGGUGAGUCCAAUCAGGAACGCAGGCUGCAGUUUUCCGGCAGAGCAGUAAGAGGCGCCUCCUCUCUCCUUUUUAUUCGCCAGCAACCACUCGCAGACCCCGGACUCGCGCUCUCCCGCCGGCGCCCUCAGCCUCUUUCCGCGCUCGGGAGCACUCUCCUCCGCCGCUGCCGUUCUUCACGCACGUCGCUCGCCCGAGGAACCAAAAGUCAGAUUGGAGCAGCGCCGGACAGUGGAUGGCCUUGACUGACGGCGGCUGGUGCCUGCCAAAGCGUUUCGGGGCCGCUGCUGCGGACGCCGGCGACUCUGGGGCCUUUCCAGCGCGGGAGCUCUCCUCCCCGCCAUCCCCGAUCUCUUCCUCGUCCUCCUCCUGCUCCCGGGGCGGGGAUCGUGGUCCCUGCGGCGCCAGCAACUGCAGGACGCCGCAGCUCGACACCGAGGCGGUGGCGGGACCUCCGGGCCGCUCGCUGUUGCUCAGCCCCUACGCCUCGCACCCCUUCGCGACUGCCCACGGACCUUCGGCGCCCGGGGUCCCUGGCCCCGGGAACGCCCUGUCGAGUUGGGAGGACUUGUUGCUCUUCACUGACCUAGACCAGGCCGCUACCGCCAGCAAGCUGUUGUGGUCCAGUCGGGGCGCCAAGCUGAGCCCCUUCGCGACCGAGCAACCCGAGGAAAUGUACCAGACCCUCGCCGCCCUGUCCAGCCAGGGGCCGGCCGCUUACGACGGCGCGCCCGGCGGAUUCGUGCAUUCUGCGGCUGCCGCGGCGGCGGCUGCGGCUGCGGCCAGCUCUCCGGUCUACGUCCCCACCACGCGAGUGGGUUCCAUGCUGCCCGGCCUGCCAUACCUGCAGGGAGCGGGAAGCGGGCCCAGCAACCACGCGGGCGGCGCGGGAGCUCACCCGGGCUGGCCCCAGGCCUCCGCCGACAGUCCCCCGUAUGGCGGGGGCGGCACAGCCGGCGGCGGGACAGCGGGGCCAGGAGGUGCGAGCUCGGCCGCCGCGCACGCCUCGGCGCGCUUCCCCUACUCGCCCAGCCCGCCCAUAGCCAACGGCGCCGCGCGGGACCCAGGGGGCUACGUGGCUGCGGGCAGCGCGGGCACCGGCAGCAUGAGUGGUGGCAGCAGCAGCCUGGCGGCCAUGGGCGGCCGGGAGCACCAGUAUAGUUCGCUGUCCGCGGCGCGGCCGCUGAACGGGACGUACCAUCACCAUCAUCACCAUCACCCGACUUACUCGCCCUACAUGGGUGCACCGUUGACUCCCGCCUGGCCAGCUGGACCCUUCGAAACUCCGGUGCUGCACAGCUUACAGAGCCGCGCCGGAGCCCCGCUUCCGGUGCCGCGAGGCCCCAGCGCAGAUCUGCUGGAGGAUCUGUCCGAAAGUCGCGAGUGCGUGAACUGCGGCUCCAUCCAGACGCCGCUGUGGCGACGAGAUGGUACAGGCCACUACCUGUGCAAUGCGUGCGGCCUUUACAGCAAGAUGAACGGCCUCAGUCGGCCCCUCAUCAAGCCGCAGAAGCGCGUGCCCUCGUCGCGGCGACUUGGACUGUCCUGUGCCAACUGUCAUACCACAACCACCACCUUAUGGCGCAGAAACGCCGAGGGCGAGCCCGUGUGCAAUGCUUGUGGACUCUAUAUGAAGCUCCAUGGGGUGCCUCGACCACUUGCUAUGAAAAAAGAAGGAAUUCAAACCAGGAAACGAAAACCUAAAAACAUAAAUAAGUCCAAAGCUUGCUCUGGUAACAGCAGUAACUCUGUCCCUAUGACUCCAACUUCUUCCUCUUCUAAUUCAGAUGACUGCACCAAAACCACUUCUCCUUCAGCACAACCAGCUGCCUCAGGGGCAGGUGCCCCGGUGAUGUCUGCAGUGGGAGAAGGCACCAGCUCCGAGAACAGUGACCUCAAGUACGCAGGUCAAGACGGUCUCUACAUAGGCGUCAGCCUGUCCUCUCCCGCUGAAGUCACAUCCUCCGUACGGCAGGAUUCUUGGUGUGCUCUGGCUCUGGCCUGAGCUGGAGCUGACAAGAGGCGAGGGGGCUCUGAGAACCUCACGCCACUUGUCUGAAUUUGUGCAGCAGUCCAGAUGGCAGCAAAAAUGCAGACAUUAACAUUCCUUCGAUGCAUGAUUUCUGUGCCUUUGUUUUGAAAGAGAUAUAUUUCCCAAGAAGCUUGCUGAAGUAAGAAGAGAUGGCUCCUGAAGGAGGGGCCAGCAUAGCAGGCACGUGGCCUGCUCCCAUCAGCCUGGGCUCCCAUCAGCCCGGGCUCCCAUCAGCCCGGGGCCACCUCCAGCCAGCCCAGCCCGCCUCUGGGUCUGCUCCACAUCUGUGGCAGAAACUGCAACAAUGACUGGGGCUUUGUGUGCUAAGGAAGAUUGAGAGAUUAAAAAAAUGUUAUAUGCGUAUAGCCCCAAAUCACGUGCUUCUUGUGAUCAAUCUUGGUUAUCCCAGAAUUUCUUCAUAGCUCAUGGGCAUGCACGUUUCACAAGCAUUCGUGGAGAGGAGCACUGAAGCCAUUUGGUACAUCCCGGAGACGGAGUGCGGUCCUGGGAUCGCGACGAGAACGAAUUAUAGCGGACAGAUGCUGACUGACGUUUCUCAGCGUUCACUGUCACGUGGCUGAUCUGAGGUCACUUGGAAUUUGUAAACAGGGUAGCAAACAAGAUAUUUUUCUUCCAUGUACACAAUAAUUUUUAAGUGCAAUUUGCGUUGCAGCAAUCAGUGUUAAAUCAUUUGCUUAAGAUUUAACAGCAUUUUUAUAAUGAAUGUAAACAUUUUAACUUAAUGGUACUUAAAAUAAUUUAAAAAAAAGUUAACUUAGACAUACUUCUUACACCAACAGCCCAUUUCUGUAUUCCCAAUUGUUUAAAAAAAAUACCAACCAAAAAAGGUUUCAAGAACAAAUCUUCUCUCAGGAAAAUUGCCUUUUCUCCAUUUAUGGAUUUUUAUACAAGAACACCAACACAACCCCCUUUCUUUUACUGAGGAAAAAGUGCUGGAGAUUGCAACAAACCUUUACUACCUAAAGAUUAGCAUUUGUAAAUAUUCUACGCAUCUAUAAGCACUCUUGAAGUCUGUACCGUGUGACUAACCCACAGGUUGGUUUACAUUAUUGUUUUUUUUUAAUGGGAUGUCAUAUGGAAACCUAUUUCACCAGAGUUUUAAAGAAAUAAAAAGGGUAUUGUUUUGUG